AUGGCAGCCGGGAUGGAAGGGGCGGCCGCGAGGCUGUUACCGGCUUCGCCUGUCUUGGGGCGCCUCAUCCAUCGGAUCCGAGCGCUGGACGGCAGCGGCCAGAAGAGGAAGAAAUGGGCGGCGACCGUCGGAGACCAGGUGAUGGACAAGCUGCUGGAUAUGGCGACCAACCUUGCGAAGCUCCAGAUAGAUCUGGUGGGAAUCGAGAAGGCGUUGACCAUGGCCGCGGAUCUCGCGCGCCGGCUGCUCGAGAUCAGGGACGCCGCUGAUUGCCUCCAUGACCUCGUGGACAAGCUCGAGUAUGGCAGGAUCCGCUCCCGCCUUGCCAAGGACUCAGAGGUCAGGACACAUCCACUGCUGAUUCCAUCCCUGCUUUUCCUUGGCCGCUCCAAGUCCAAGCAUGGCAGCAGCAGCAGCAGCAGCUUUGAGAUUGACCAGAUCCGUCUGCUGGAGGAAUUCCGUGAUGGUGUUGCUCAGUCCAGGCAUCUUAUCACGCUGCUCGGUAAAGAGAAAGGCAAUAAUGUUCCAGGGCUGCCUAGUGUACGGAUCCUUGUACUAGAUCCUCAGAGUUGCGUCGCAGUGGCAGCAACGGUCUCCCUGGAGCACCGCGUGGUUGGCCGCGAGGAUGAGCAGGACAACAUAGUUCGCUGGCUGAUCAACUCGUCCUACCGCCUCUCUGUCGUCUUCAUGGUUGGCAGGUGCGGCGUGGGGAAGACCCCGCUCGCGCAACUAGUCUACGAUGACACUCGGGUAAAGCAGCACUUCGAUCUUAGGAUUUGGGUCUCUGUUUCAGGCUCACUCAACAAGGUGGACAUCACCAGGGAGAUCCUGCAGUCUGCCAAUCCUGGUUACACCGAUACGAUGGCCAGGGCAGACUUUCAGAUGCUUCAGUCUGAGCUAUCUAGUUUAGUGGCAUCACAGAGGUUCCUUCUCGUGCUAGAUGACCUGAUUGAUUGCAGCAAGAUGGAACCGAUGCACACAGAGAACUGGACAGAUAUCUUUGCUCCUCUACAUUCAGCAGAGAUAGGGAGCUCCGUUUUGGUGAAUACUCCAAUGAUGAUGGUUCCCCAAAUGCCAGAUACCUCUCAGCCAUACGCUAUCAGCAUGUUAGACAAAAGCAAAUGUUCAGACUUGUUCAUGGAAUGUGCCCCCAGCAGCAAAAACUUUGAAAGUUCUCCACAGUCGGAACACAUAGUCACGGAAAUGGCUAACAAGCUGCAGAGGUUGCCGUUGGCUGCCAAGGUGUUGGGAGGAGUGCUUGGGGCUACAAGCAGUUCAGAGGAAAGGAGGAGCACCAUGGACAGAAUAAGCAGCGUUGAUGUCGCCCUUCACUCUGUGCAGUUAAGUUAUGAUUUCCUGCCGCCACAAAUAAAGGAAUGCUUUGCAUAUUGUUCCUUAUAUCCCAAGAACUGGAAGUUUGAUCGGACAAAGUUGAUCCACCUCUGGAUGGCUGAGGGUUUUCUUGAACCACAAGAGAAUCCUGAGAAACGGAUGGAGGACCUAGGCUCUAAGUAUUUUGACACUCUCGUCUCGCUGUCCAGCUUCCAGGAACACAAACAAGGCUCCAAGACGUACUAUCUGAUGCACCACUGGUUUCAUGAUUUGGCCGAGGCAGUUUCAGCCAAUGUUUGCUUUCGUAUUGAACCAGGAUCCAAAGUUGAAGUUCCUCCAACAGUGCGACAUCUGUCAGUUACCACUGAUAGUCCACUAGAUCUCAAUGGAUGUUGCUUACCCAAACAGCUGCGCACCCUGUUAAUACUAAGAUCUCCUUUGUAUUCCUUGCAAGAUGACCACCUGCGGAAGGUAAACAAGUUGCAUGUUCUUGAUCUCUCCGGCUGUUAUGUAGCACAACUGCCUGAGUCAAUUGGUGAAUUGGUUCACCUCCGUUACCUAUCCCUCUGUGGCACUCUAAGGAGACUUCCUGAGUCAUUGAGCAGCCUGUUGCAUCUGCAAAUAUUGUGCUUUCCUGAGGAUUGUUGUCUUGAUGAACUUCCUACAGGAACAACUAACCUGGUCAACUUGCGGUACCUCGACAUCGAUACAAAGUACAUCACAAAGUUGGCUGGCAUCAGGCGGCUCGUUAAUCUUCAGGGAUCACUUGAGCUCCAUGUUGAAAAGGGACGAGGGCAUAUUUUACAAGACCUGAGAGAUAUAAAUGGUCUCCAUGGGCACCUAAAGAUAAGUGGUCUGGAUAAUGUCUCAUCAAAGGAAGAAGUCCGCAAAGCUAAGCUGAACAACAAGCAGUAUCUUAAGACCCUGAAACUGGAAUGGACCACUGCUACUAGAUUUCUCUAUCAUACUACCGAUGUUGAAGUGUUGGAAAACCUGCAACCCCACCCAAACAUAAAGGAACUCUCUAUUAGAAGGUAUGGUGGCUCCAUAGCUCCAAGUUGGCUGCAUAUUCCCUUGCUGAAGGAGCUACAGUCCUUGCACCUUAUCAAUUGCAGGAAUCUGUCCAUACUUCCUCCACUGGGACAGCUUCCCUCACUUGAAAAAUUAUAUAUGAAGGAGCUGUGCGCAGUUACUCAAAUUGGGCCUGAGUUCUACCACUCUAAUGAUGUUGCAUUUCCAUCUCUAAAGGUCCUUGAACUUGUUGAUUUUCCAAGGUUGCUUGAGUGGUCCAGGGAAGUGAACUGCACUUCAUUUCCUUGCCUCAAAAGUCUAAGGCUUAUAGACUGUCCAGAACUCAAGCAGAUUCCUUCACUCCCAGCUAGUAUCACCGAAGUUACAGUUGAGCGUAUAUGUUCCAUCAGGCGUUUGAAGCUUGCCCAAUUUUCUACAAGUUCUGUUAUGCUUACCAUGGAUUCUUGCAUGACUACCGUUCUCUGCAAAAGAUUAUUCCUUCAACAGCAUCUAGAAACUAUCACAGUUCUAAGCAUAAACGGUGGCGAACUGUUUUAUACCACUGAAGGACUGGGCUCCCUUCUUUCUCUGCAAAAACUGCAGCUAUGUCAAUCUGACAUGACAGACCACAACUUUAGCUUGUUUCUCCAGGCUUUGCCUUCUCUGUCCUCAUUGGAAAUGACAGAUCUACCCAACAUAACAGCACUUCCAGUGCAGGCAGAUCUUAAGCUUGUUGAGUUGCAUAUCCGUAACUGUCCACUGCUUUCUUCUCUAUCCUCCUUGCAAGUUUUCAUUUCACUAAAAUGUCUGGUGAUUGAGAGAUGCCCAAAACUAACAGCAGCAUCCUUUCCAACAAGUUUUGGGAGCCUUGCAUCUCUCAAGAUGUUGAGCAUAUCCUACUGCUCACAGCUUCAGUCUUUGCCCGUGAGCGGUCUGCCAUCUUCACUACAGGAACUUAACCUUAUUGGGUGCCAUCCGAGCUUAGUUGAGCAAUCGAGAAACAAGAAAAACUAUCCCUGGAAGAUUGCUACUGUGUCUGAACAACUUAUGCACUGA